AUGAGGAGUCGAUUCUUUGGGAAAGUACAUGACACUUUUAUUUCAAUAAGAAUUUUUUAUAAUGAUUUCACAACUAUUGAUUGGACAAAAGCUUAUCUCAAGGGGAAUCAAUUUAAUUAUUCAAUUGAGAAAAAACAAUGGAUUGGUGAUGAUUCCGUUAAUGAUGGUCAAGCAAUCCCUUUUCUUCAUAGAGCUUAUUAUACCUUGGGUAAAUGGUUUCUUAUUUUAAUUAUUGCAUUCUUUUUUUCCAUUAUAGCAUUUUGCAUAGAUAAAGUAGAAAUUCUACUUGUUGGUUUCAAGCAUGGAUAUUGUCGAUCUAAUUGGUUUGCUAGUCAAAUUUCUUGUUGUAUCGAUAAUCCCAAAAAAUUGAAUGUAUUUAAAAGUGGAUAUGUGACAAAUAAUACUUGUGACAAUUGGGUGAGUUGGAAUAAGUUUUUCCAUGAACACUGGUUAAAUACAAUGCGAUUUGAUUUCAUAAUUUACGUUGUGUUGACGAUUCUUUUGGCAAUGUUUGCUUGUCUCAUUACAUUGUCGACAAAAAUAACUGGUGGAUCAAUUCCUGAAGAUCAAUCAAACCAUGGCAAAGAAAUACAUGCUGAUGAUAAUGAAAAUGCCACCAACCAAGGAAGAUCUGUUUCUGUCAAGCCUAGAGUAAUCUAUACAGCAACAGGGUCUGGAGUUCCUGAAGUGAAAACAAUUUUAUCAGGAUUUGUAAUACGUCGAUUCUUGGGGACAUACACUUUGAUAGCUAAAACAGUAGCAUUAGUUUUUGCUAUUGCACUGGGUAUGUCAUUAGGAAAAGAAGGACCUUAUGUUCAUUUGGCAACUUGUGUCGGGAAUAUAACUUCGAGAUUUUUCCCCUUUAUUUAUGAAAAUGAUUUUUUUGAAAAACAGAUUUUAUCUGCUAGUGCAUCUGCCGGGGUAGCUUUGGCAUUUGGAUCUCCCUUGGGUGGGGUUUUAUUUAUUCUUGAAGAAAUUAAUAAUUACCUACCAUCUAAUCAAUUGUUCCAAAUUUUCUUUUGUGCAAUAAUUUCAACAUUGUUCUUAAAAUUCUUGAACCCUUAUGGAACUGGGAAAACAGUAUUGUUUGAAUUGGAAUAUUUUUCAGAUUGGAGUCCUAUGGAAUUGAUUUUUUUCGUUGUUAUUGGAAUCAUGGGUGGAGUCUUUGGUGCCAGUUUUAUCAAGUUUUCUCAAUGGUGGGCCAAAAAAUUUAGAUCAAAUAAACACAUCAAAACCCAUCCUAUUUUUGAAGUUUUCCUUGUUGCAGCAGUAACUGGUAUAAUUUCAUUUUGGAACCCUUAUACGAAGCAAGCCUCGGCAGAAUUGGUAUUAGACUUAGCAACACCAUGUAGUGGAGGAGAAUUAGAUCGGUCAUUGUGUCCACAGACAGAAAAACAAUUGUUAAACGAGUUGGCGUCACUUUUAUUUGCAUUUGUUGUUAAAGUAUUUUUAACAUUUAUAACAUUUGGGUUGAAAUUACCUUGUGGGAUUUAUGUUCCUUCAAUGGUUUGUGGAGCAUUAUUUGGUAGAAUUUUUGCAUUGUUUAUUAGAUGGUUAGAGUUUUUAUCCAGGAAAUCAUCGUCAUCGUCCUCCGCUUUCUCCACACUUUCACUUCCAGCCCCACCAUUGGAAUUUGGCCUUUUAUGUUCAUCUGCAGGUCCUCAUUGUGUUGAUAUGGGCAUUUAUGCUAUGAUUUCUGCAGGUGCGUUUAUGGCAGGUGUUACCAGAAUGAAUAUAACAUUGGUAACAAUUUUGUUUGAAUUAACUUCAUCUUAUACUUAUGUUUUACCAAUUUCAAUAGCUAUAGCUGUGGCAAAUUGGUCAGGUGGAUUAUUGGAGAAAAACUCACUUUAUGAAUCAUUAUUAAUUAGUAAUGAUUAUCCAUUUAUGGCACCAGAAACUGAACCCAUAGAUCCAUAUGUAUCAGCUGGUGAUAUAAUUAAUCAAGAUUCUGUUCCCACAACACGGAUUUCACGACAUAUACCUCCAGAUAGACAAUUAUAUAUUGAUGUUAGUGAUUCCGGUUAUGUUCCUGUUUCUACAUUAGAGUCUAAACUUCAAAUGUUGGCAGAUAGAUGUUUACUUGAUGGAUGUAUUGCCUUGAUCAAAAAUCAAUUAUGUGUUGGAUUACUUUUCUUUCUGGAAUUGGAAAUAUGUCUAGAUCAAAUUAGAGCAUUUACAUUGAAACACGAUGUGAAAGAAGAACUUUAUUGUAACUUGUUUGAUGAUGAUGAUGGUGAUGGCGGUGGUGUAGAUAAUAAAAGUCUUUCUAAAUCCCGUGCUAUGCAUAAUGACAAAGUGGUUAAAAAUAUUUUGAAUCAAAGUUUAGAUUAUUUCAAUUAUGGGGCAAUUAAUGAAGAUGAAUAUUUAGAAAUGAAAUCUUCCAUUGAUGUGUUAACAAAUUUAACAAAUUUUGUUGAUCGUGUACCAAUGUUUAUCAAUUAUGAUACCGAAUUAUGUUUUGCUCAUUUGAUUUUCGAUAGAAUCGGGAAUAGAGUGAUUGUUUUGAUCAAAGAUGGCAAAUAUUAUGGUGUCUUACAUAAAAAAGUACUUAUUGACUACCUUAGAAGAACUGAAUAA